CACUUUCAUCUCCCAACUCAAGUGGCGAGCGGCAGCACCUUCGGUACCGAGUCUGGGUGCAGAUCUCUAGCAUGUGCGCCGAAGAUGUCGCUUGCAUCCACCAUAACCACGUUCUUGAUCGACGUCUCCCCUUCUAUGGGUGCACUUCGAACAGUCGCAGAGGAUGUCGAAGACGCCGAUGAUCAGGAGGAGACGACUCGAUUGGACGAAGGAGAUAGAGUCAGAGCGGAAGAUGGAAUGGAUGGAGAGCUCAACGAUGGGCAUGGUCCGAAGAGGACUUCGGGUGAAUGGAAAGUCAGAGAGAGAGAGACGAGCAAUUUGCAGUGGGCUUGCGAGUUUGUGGGAAGACGCGUACAGACUUAUGUACAUGCGGGGCUCAAGACAGGCAAGGUCUGCCUCAUUACGUAUGGCUCAGCGACCACAAAUAAUGCGGUAGCAGGUGAUGGUACAACGAAACAAGAGUACCUGGGCAUCAAUGAGAUGUUCUCGCCUGCACAGCCCGAUCUCAAUACUUGCGAGCUGGUGCGAGCGCUUAGAGCAUCCAAAGACUCCGAAGAACCGCACAGGGCAGAUCCUCUGGAUGCGCUCAUCGCGGCGAUCUGCACGCUCACCGAUAAAGAUAGAGGAGGCAUCAACAGCUCCUCCAAGAAUACCUGGAGUCGCACAAUAUACCUCAUCACCGAUGCGAUGACCAAAUUCAAUCAGGACGAUUCUGCUCUGAUACAGCAGCGCCUGGAGGAGGAGAACAUUCAGCUCAAAGUCAUUGGUAUCGAUUUCGAUGACGAGGGGUUUGGAUAUGUGGAAGAAGACAAGCCAUCGACUAAAGCCAAGAACGAGCAAUUCUGGCACGACUUUCUGUCCCGCGUUCCAGGAUCGGGCAUCGCUACAGCAGCAGAUGUGAUCGAGCAGACACACAUGCCCCAAUUAGCGCCGAAAAAGUCGGCCGCUCAGAAUGCCACGCUAACAUUUGGGGACCCAGAGGAGCAGCAUCUUUCUCAAGAAGUGCUGGGUAUAGCGGUAGUGCUUUACAAAGCGACGACGUUGGUCCGACCCAUGAGCGCAAAGAAGCUGAGCAAGAUUGCACAGCAGAGUGCGGCUGGGAAAGCCGAAAUGGAACGCGCUGCUCAGUUGAAGAUUGAGCCUUCUAGCGCUCCCAAGCUCCAACCUAAUCAGGAGCUAGAGGGUUCAAAUCCCGCUUUCAUUGACAGCGAAGCUCAUGCCAUGUCCUAUGGAGUGGACAUGGUUCGCAAGUACUUCAUCUUGGACGAGAUCAGGCAACUGCCCGAGGAAGAGAUGGAUUCUGCUCAACCUUUGCCUGAGGGAUCCGAAGAGAAUUUUAUCAAGGCUUGGAAACUGGGCAAAAGCCAUAUUCCUGUCGAACAGGUGCAAGACGUGGUGUUCGCUACGCAGGCCGGACUCGAGAUCAUCCAAUUUCACAACAGAGAGCAGCUACGAAGAUGGUUCGUCAUGGGAGAGACGAGCUACGUGCUGGCUUCACCAGGCAACGGCGAAGCUCAACUGAAAAUUUCGGCCCUGGUCAAAGCUAUGAUUGAGCUGGGGAAAAUUGCUCUGGUCAGGAAUGUCAAGAAACGUGACGCUGACCCAAAGCUCGCGGCGCUGAUACCGAUUCCCAAAGAUCCAGAAAGUGGCUCCGAGGCUGAUCACUUUGUGUAUGCCGAGGUGCCAUUCGCGAACGAUUUCAAGCGGCUAAUCUUCCCGCCUUUGGAAUAUGUUGUGGAUCGCAAUGGCGUCGAGCAUCGAGAGCAUCAUCUGCUGCCGACGCGGGAGAUGCAGAGCGCGAUGGAUGAUCUGGUCGACUCUAUGGAUCUGAUGGAAGCUUACGAAGAGCCUGAUGGGUGAGUCUUUGCCGAGCGAUCGUGGAACGCUCCGAGGCGCAGUGCCAAGUGACGACCUCUGGCUUGGCACGUGUACAGAUCACGCUCCGAGUGGUUCUCGACUGAAGAUAGCUUCAAUCCGGCUAUACA